CACCGGCUGAAGCUGAAGGAGACGCUCAGCCCCAUCCCCACCCUGGGCUUCCACGUGGAGACGGUGGCGCUCCGCCACGUGCCCUUCACCCUGUGGGACGUGGGGGGGCAGGACCGGAUCCGGGCACUGUGGAGACAGGACGGGCUGGUGGUGGUGGUGUGGACGGGGCCCAGGUCGGGGCUGGGGGCCCUGCUGGAGGCUGAGGACUUGCAGGGGGCACCGCGGGUGCUGCUGCCCGGUGCCCGGUCCUGCGUGGAGCUGGCGGAGGAGCCGGGCUUGAGGCAGCAGCGUGGGCGCCAGUGGCAUGUGCAGAGCUGCUGUGCUGUGAGCGGGCAGGGGCUGCCCGAGGCGCUGGAGAAGCUGGCUGGGCUGGUGAAGCGCUACCGGAAGGCCAGGAGGCUCUGA